CUCGUUCCUCUAGCGCUGUCUUUUUGGUCCCCACGUGGGCCGGCGAGUGAUGGCGGCGCUGGUUGUGUCUGAAGCCUCGGAACCAAGCGGCCGAAAUGGCCCGGGUAGAGGUCGGGUCCCUCGGGGCCGCUUGGCCAAUCGGAUCCCCCCUGACAUCCUAAACAGCCCCCAGCUGCAGGCAGCCAUCCAAGUCCUGCCUUCCAACUACAACUUUGAGAUCCCCAAGACCAUCUGGAGGAUCCGACAAGCCCAGGCCAAAAAGGUGGCCUUGCAAAUGCCGGAGGGCCUGCUCCUCUUUGCCUGCACCAUUGUGGAUAUCUUGGAAAGGUUCACAGAGGUCGAGGUGAUGGUGAUGGGGGACGUGACCUACGGGGCCUGCUGUGUGGAUGACUUUACCGCAAGGGCCCUGGGAGCUGACUUCUUGGUGCACUAUGGCCACAGCUGCCUGGUUCCCAUGGACACCUCGGCCCAAGACCUCCGGGUGCUGUAUGUCUUUGUGGAUAUCCGCAUAGACACCACCCACCUGCUGGACUCCAUCCGCCUCACCUUUCCCCCUGCCAGUGCCAUCGCUCUGGUCAGCACCAUUCAGUUUGUGUCAACCUUACAGGCAGCUGCCCAGGAGCUGAAAGCUGAGUACCGCGUGAGUGUCCCGCAGUGCAAGCCACUGUCCCCCGGGGAGAUUCUGGGCUGCACGUCCCCCCGACUGCCCAAAGAGGUGGCAGCUGUCGUGUAUCUUGGAGAUGGCCGCUUCCACCUGGAGUCUGUCAUGAUUGCGAACCCCGAGGUCCCUGCGUACAGGUAUGACCCAUACAGCAAAGUCCUGUCCAGGGAGUACUAUGACCACCAGCGCAUGCAGGCCGCCCGCCAAGACGCCAUAGCCACCGCCCGCUCAGCCAAAACCUGGGGCCUCAUUCUGGGCACUUUGGGCCGCCAGGGCAGUCCCAGGAUCCUAGAGCACCUGGAGUGUCGACUGCGGGCCUUGGGGCUCCCCUUCGUGAGGCUGCUGCUCUCGGAGGUCUUCCCUAGCAAGCUGAGCCUGCUUCCGGACGUGGAUGUCUGGGUGCAGGUGGCCUGUCCUCGCCUCUCCAUUGACUGGGGCACAGCCUUCCCCAAGCCUCUGCUGACGCCCUAUGAGGCGGCCGUGGCCUUGCGGGACAUUUCCUGGCAGCAGCCCUACCCCAUGGACUUCUAUGCCGGCAGCUCCUUGGGGCCGUGGACCGUGAACCACGGGAGGGAGCGGCCCCCUCAGCCCGCUGGCCGGCCAGCACUCGGGAAGGAGCAGGAGGGAUUCACGCGCCCGUCUCCAGCCGCGGCUUGCGAGGAUUGCAGCUGUAAAGGCGAGGAGGUGGCGCCGCCUGCUCCGUGAGACGCUCCGGGGUCUCAGGUCCCUGCGCCCCGGAGGAGCAGCCUCGAGGCUGGUGGUUUUCAGAGGCUACAGCGGACACCUUCUCCGCGCUGGAAGAGCCCGCC